AUGGAAGGUACAAGUGAUCGUGCAGCUGGAUCAACAAGUCACCCUCCGUUUCUUGAUGACAAAACAAACUAUGUAGCAUGGAAGGCUAAGAUGAAAGAUUUUUUAUGGGCAAAGGAUGUAGCUGUAUGGGUUGUUAUUGAAAGUGGUUGGGAGUAUCCAACUAAGACUGAAAAGGUAGAUAUAAAAGAGACUGGAGAGGGUAGUUCUACUGUUGAAGCCAAAGUUAAGAAUCCUAUGAGUGAAUGGACUGCAGAUGAGAACACCAAGAGCACUACAGCUAUCCGAGAAUCUAAGCUUCAGCAACUUAUCCAGCAAUUUGAAAAUAUGAAGAUGGGUGAUGAUGACAAGUUUGUUGAUUUCUAUGCUAGGCUCAGUGUUGUUGUGAAUGGUUGUUUCAACUUAAGAGAUCCCAUAUCUCAACAUAGGAUAGUUAAGAAAGUACUCAGGUCUCUUCCUAUGAAAUAUCAUUCCAAGAAGAUAGCCAUUCAAGAGUCGAAGGACCUGAAUACCUACUAUCUACAAGAACUGAUUGGAAACUUAACUAUAUAUGAGAUGGAACUCCCUAAUGAAAUGAAGAGCAAAAGCAUAGCUCUUAAAGUGAAGAAAGAUAUUGAAGAUGAGUCAACAGAUGAAGAGGAUGUUGAUGAAGAUGAAAUUGAUCUUGUCACAAGGAAAUUCAGAAAAUUUCUCAAGGAUAGGAAAUCCAAAAGAAGUGAAUCAAGGUCUGACUCAAGCUCCAAGAAUACAAGAGUAAGAGAAAAGCCGGGUAAUAAGAUUUUAAGGUUUGAAAGAGCAUCUGAAAAAAGAACCAAUAAUGCUCCAAAGUGUUUUGCAUGUGAAGGUUUUGGUCACAUUGCAUCUAAGUGUGCAAAUACCUUGAAGAAGUCUAAGAAUAAACAGAAUAAAGCAAUGAAUGUUACUUGGAGUGACAGCGAUGAUGAUUCUGUGCUUGAAAGUGAUUCUAAAGUGGUGGCCUUGGUAGGAUUAACGACUACUGAUGAUGAGUAUGAAGUUGAAGAAUUUGAUCUUGAGGAAGUAAUGCAACAAUAUAUCAUGUUGUCUGAGGCUUCAAAAGAAUUGAAGAAAAGAAAUUUAGAGUUGAGUAAUGAAGUUGAGAACUUGAACACUGAUAUUAGUAGGACUGAAGCUGGAUUUCAAUCCCAAUUGGAGGCAGGUGAUGCAGUAAGAAAGUCUCUUGUGGAAGACUUUCAAUCCAUUCAACCAAAGUACCAAGAGAGAUGUGACAAAGUUGAGGAGCUUAAAACUGAAAAGGCUUGUCUGUAUAUGAGCUUGAGCAAAUGA